AUGUAUGCUAGAGCUGUUCUAUUGGCUAAUUGGGAGUUUGAUAUUCCGUCAAAAAUACAACAAUUAUGUGUACAACUAUGGAAACAGAUUUAUACUCAUGAAGGUAUUAAACAAAUGAUUUCCAAUAAUAAUGAUGAUAAUAAUACUAGCUGCAAUAGCUCAUCAGCAUCAGCUCCAAAAUGUGCAUUUAGUGUAUUAAUGAAAGAAGGAGGCUUAAAAGUGAGAUUUAUUUCGUCAGAUACUAAUGAAAAUUCUGAAAAGAUACAACUUUUAAAACAAUUUUGUUUACAACAAGGCUUGGUCAUCACAGUAACAGAAAAUGGAACAUUUCAAAUCUAUGCCGAACAUAAUACCGAUGCACAGGUUGAAAAAAGGACAUCACAUCCAUUGAACACAUUUAAUAAUAAUAAUUUUAUUUUCAUAUAA